AUGUGUGCCGAUUUCCGUGCAAGAAUGGUAGUUCUUACUUUGUUUCGAUUCUUUAGCCUCUUUCUCUUCCUCUCGCUGAUGGUGCAGGGAAACACCAAGCAAGACAUGCACCAAGUUUACCGUAACAGCAUUCCCUCACUUGCCUACCCCGACAAGAAGCUCAAAGGCUCCGCUAUCAAGGCCGUGCCAUCUCCGAGCCUCGUCUCGUGUGCCCAGGAGUGUCUGAAGCUCUUCCCGCGCUGCAAGUCGUACAAUUAUAUCACCACUUCUAUGAUUUGCGAGUUGAACAGCAUCGGAGUGUCGGGAUCAUUGAUCGAACAACUCGAGCAAAUGGAGCCCGCCUCGAAGACAGUGUUUACUCAAGUACUGGACCAAGCGAUGCUGUUCAAGCAAUGUAGCGACCACUUCAAGUACGGCGUGACGCAAAACGGCCUUUACUACCUACAAGAUACUCAUCACAACUGGUACUCAGUCUACUGCGACUUCACAUCAGAGGCCGGGAAGGCCUGGACACUGGUUUUAUCUUUUAGCUACGCAAACCGCGUUAAACCCGAGUUCUCCUCAAUCCCCUUCUUCAAUGACUCCACCUUCUCAGAAGAUAGCCCUAACUGGGAGGCGUACAGACUUUCUAAACCAAGAAUGGAGUCGCUACAAAAUGCGUCAACAUACUGGCGAGUCACCUGUGACUUCGCCUCCAAUGCAAUCGAUUAUACAGAUUAUUUAAGAGCAAGAAUAAGCGAGCUCGAUUUGCUGACAUUCCAGGGUCUAAAUAAGUGCGGUAAAGUUGAGUACAUCAAUGUAAUGGGCCAUAACUGCACAGGGUGCACAGUGCCAUUCUUCCAGGAGAAUUGGAUGAUGCUUCAUCAUGACAGCUCACUUAAUUCCAAAUGCGAAUUUCUUCCAACUAAUGGUAGUGUGGAAAGUCAAGACAACUUUGGAUUAUAUCAGUAUGCAAACUCAAAUUUUCGGUGCACUGCAUCUUAUGAGGCGACGACCAAUUACUGGUUUGGAACGAAGAUAUAAAGAAAUUGGCCGCACCUUCAUCCAUUGAGGAUGAGAAAAUUGAUGCGUGUGUCCUAAAAGACGUAUAAAUAACACAACGACGACAACGACGACGUCCAGCUUUCUUUUUUUUUUUCGUGAUUCAACUGCAAAGUUUCUAAGCAAUGUGCAAAUAAAUGGCAAACCUCGCGUACAAG